AUGGGCAGCCGGGGCGACGGAUGGAUCACCGUGGGCCGCCGCUUGGCCCUUGACGAAGAAGCAGAAUCAUGGGCCGAACAAGAGGUGAGGGAGCGAGAGGCCAUGGCGGCGUGGGACGGAGAUGAGCAGUGGCCCAGCGUGCACAAACCGCUCUUCAACGGCCCUGACGCAAAACGAUUCGACUCCCGCCUGACACCCCUCGACUACCUCGGCGGCGGCGCCUUUGGCCGCGUCGACAAGGUCCAGCAUGACUCCGUCUGCCUCGCCCGCAAGCGCAUCAUGCGCCGCCGCGGCCUGACCAUCGAAGACUUGCGACAGGAAGGCCUGACGAUGCGCAAGCUGGACCACCGCCAUGUCGUCAAGCUCGUCGCCGCGUAUAUGCCCAGGCCGCACGAGCUCUGCCUGCUCAUUUGGCCCGCCGCCGUCUGCGAUCUCGACACUCUGCUCGAAAACCUGGACUCAAUACGGACAGGCAAGGGGGACCGCCAAGACAUCCUAGGUCGAUUGGACGCACUCGAGCUCAAUGACCUGAGCGCUAUUGAGCCCGCGACUGUGACGCAGAACAUGGACUCGCUGGCAAAAUGCCCGUUUGAGUUCCUCCGCGGCGUGGUUGGUUGCGUGGCUCGCGCAAUGGCCUACUGCCACCUAAACGGCGUCCGCCAUUUGGACAUCAAGCCGUCAAAUAUCCUGCUCAAGCCCGGUCGCGUAUACCUGGCCGAUUUUGGCAUUUCCAAGGAUGUCAGCGACCAGGAACAGACUACUAUUGACGGUAAUCCCGGGACAGAAAAGUGGCGCGCCCCGGAGCUGUAUAGCGAGAAUGGCUCCAGCAUGCAGCUCUCCGACAUGUACUCCCUGGGGCUGGUAUAUCUCAACAUCGCGACGGUGCUUUACAACGUAAGGCUGUCCGAGUUUGAGGACGCCCUGACCUACCAAGCCGACCUCGCACGCAGCGAGAAACUGGCUAUCCGUGAAGACAAUCUGAGACGUCUUCUUGACAAGCUCACCGCCCACGCCUUGGUGACGCCACAAUUCAUGUUUACCUACGAGGGCCAAGAAACAGUAAGGCCUCGGCCGCUGGUGAAUCUCAUUGCCAAGAUGAUAUCCUCCAACCCCCGUGCCCGGCUACCAGCCGACAAGGUUGACGAGAAGCUAUCCAUGAUCGGAGGCAUUCACCAAAUAUAUCACGGCGAGUGCUGUAAACGCCCGGUUUCCUGGGUCGAGGACAAGUGGGACAAGAAGUUUGUCGCUCUGAUGAGCCUCAAGGCGGAAAACGACGACCUGAAAAGAAAGAUUGCCGAGCUGCACGGCAGAGACGAGACAUAUGAGAAGCGGCUGGAGAACGAGCGGAAGGCGCAUGAACAUGACAUUGCCAAACUACAAGCUCUGCUGAAGAGUGCAGAAGAAAAGUGCCACAUGCUAGAGAAGGCACAGGCACAGGGAAGACACAAAAGAGAUCAUAACCACAAGCACCACCAAGCCAGCCAGGGAUCGAAACCGCGUGCUCCCCCUUCGCCAGCUUCAAAAAGCGUCGGUCUCGGCUUGACAAAGGCUCAUUCGACACCGUCAGCUGUUCCACAACGGCCGCCGCUCCGGCAUUCAUACCAGUCAUCCCCUCGAGCAGCUUCGAACAACUUCCAGUCUCCCACCCCGCCAUCUCGAUCCACCGAAUCGCUGUCUAGAUUUAGCAACAGCGCAACGGUCAAGGCGGCUCAGCCAGUGUCUCCCGGCUUACCGAAUCGGACCCCGAGCAACACAAGCCUGUCGGGAUACAUGCUGCGAUCCAGGGGAUCAGGGUCCAGACUGCCCCUUCCCGUAACCCCCGGCAGUCGAUCAGGCACUCCGAACCUCAACCAGGAGCAGAGCCUGACAGACAGCAGCAUGUCAUCGUCCAUCUUCUCCAGACAGAGCAUUGACACCAUGCCAACGCCAACUCACAACAGUCCGUCCACGAGCAGGAUAUUGACCGUCGACGAUAAGCCAGAGACUCACUGGGGAGAUCUUCCCAGCAGAGAGCGAAGGCCCUCCACGCCGCCGCCGCCUCCAAGCCCCAGCGUGUCGCUGUCUCCGUCGAUCAUGUCAUCGCCUACUCCAUCAAGGUGUGGUCUUGCUGACGGAGACAGUGGCGAUCCGAAUGUAACAGUGAGACCGCGGAAGAUUCCCUCGUUGCAGCCAAUGAAGAGUUGGGCUGAGGUGGCCAGGAAGGAACUGAGCAAGAUGGAUAUUAGGCAGCUCAACCGGAAAUGA